AUGAGUACCGGGAAUGCGACACUGGAUACAGUGGGCGCCGCUUCCGGGGCAGCGACCGUCGAGCUGGCGGUCGAAUGGAUCGCAUAUCUCGUCAUAAUAAUAGUUAUCACGGCCUUGCGCACCUACGCGCGGGCGAGCAUCUCCGGCAGGAGCGGACUUGGCUGGGAUGACUACCUUGUCUGGAUCGCAGUGGUCUGGUACGUUAUCCUCAACGCUGAGGUCUAUGUGAUUGGCGUCACGGCUGUUGGCAUCGCAAACGACUCCAUGACAAACGAGUACCGCGCUAGGCUUGCAAAGGAUGGCCCUGGGAGCCAGGAGUUUGGGCUUCGAGUCCUGGGAUCCAAGGUGCAGCUAGCUGCAUGGAUAUCGUACUCGCUGGUCUUGUGGCUAUUGAAAGGAUCUCUCCUCUGUUUCUUCGUGGUCCGGCUCACUGAGGGCAUCACCGGAGCAAAGAGGAGAGCAUGGGCUGGCACAAUUCUUCUCAUUCUUACCUGGGUCUCCAUUCUGGUAACAGUUCUUGCAAGUUGUCGACCACUCAACAAGAUGUGGCAAAUCUUUCCCGAUCCUGGGCCAAUUUGCUAUGCUGGCGUCUCACCGAUUUUGAUUGGAGUCACACUCGCUGGCAACAUUCUGACGGACAUCUACCUGAUUUCGAUACCGGUCCCCGCGCUACUGCGAGCCUCGCUUGGGAGAGUACAGAAGAUCUCCCUCGUCAGCCUCUUCAGCUGCAGCAGUCUCAUCACAGCUAUGGCGAUCGUGAGAGUUGUUGUUAUUUUCGUGAACUCGAACAGCAACGGCGACGGCGCGUGGGCACUAAGGGAGUGUUUCGUGGGCAUGGUGACCACCAAUUUGGCACCUAUAAUUCCGCUUUUCAGAAAGUGGCUCUCGCCAUGGCUGGGACGACUUGAGUCCAGCUCCGACGGCAAUACGAACCAAGGCACCGGAGGAGCGAGCAGCCGCACGAUGAAAUCCAAGAGCCGAGACCCAAGGAGUCCAGGGCUCAAACUGAAGACGGCUGGGCGCCACCACAGCUCCGACAGCUCGGAGCAUAUCAUUGAGGUCAACGAUGUCGAGAUGCAGUCUUACAACAACAGUCCGAACCAGCGCGAUGCACCAUCCGAUCCGACCGUGGGUGGGGAACAGACAGGAAAGUCGUCGAGUGGGAAUGGAAAUAAAAGCCCAACACUAAUCAUCCAGAGGAACGGCGAGAUGCAGGCUUCGGCAGAGGGUGCGGACGAGGCGACAUUUUACAGGAAUGGACGUAUCCGGGAUCGAGACUUGUCGAUACAGUAA